UAUAGGUAGAUGUAUACACACACGUACGUUUAUUGUCGUUCAUCUUUCUCUUAUCCAACACCAAGACUAGCUAUACCAACCUGCCUGUAAUAUCAUUAGCGGCGUCCCAUGGCUUCCACUGAUAAGCCUGACACAGAAUACGGCAAGGAAGUCCGGCCACCACCCCCACCCACCGGCGAGCACUAUUUUGCCGUCGAUUUGGCCCUCAGGGUCUUAUUGUUUGCAUCGGCGCUGACUGCUGUCCUCGUGCUAGUCACUAGCAACCAAACGAAGCUAAUUCCCGUGUUAGGAAGUCGUAAGUCCAAGUUUAAUCAUUCCCCAGCUUUCAUAUACUUUGUGGUGGCGCUUUCCAUAGCUGGCCUCUAUAGCAUCAUCACAAUAUUAGCAUCAAUCUCGGUCUUGUUCAAACCAAUCUCCUCAACAAAGUUCUUGCUCCAUUUUGCAAUUUGGGAUGUGUUGAUAUUGGGGCUGGUAGCUUCAGCCACAGGCUCCGCCGGCAGCAUUGCAUAUGUGGGGUUAAAAGGCAACCACCACGCAGGGUGGCCUAAGGUGUGCAACAGUUUCGAUAAAUUUUGCAGACAUCUGGCAGGAUCCCUUGCAGUCUCCUUGUUCGCUUCCGUCCUGCUUGUCCUUCUUAUCUGGCUCUCCAUUUUCACUCUUCACCGUCGGAUCCCCAAGUAGAUGAUCCAUCAUGACUACCAUCCAUCCCCACAACGUACCCUCCGAUCCAGAAAUUGUGUUGUAUAAAAUCGAUGGAUCGAUCUCAACGUUUGCUGUUUGUGGAUAUAUAUCUGUGUGAUCUGAUCAACUCAAUCAUUAUCUUCAUGCCUUUGAUUAAUUUAUCUUGUCUGUAGUUUUUAAUUCAUCGUCUAUAUAUGUGAAAUGUAACAUGUUAUUGAAUUUGAAACAGAAUUAUGUGAUGAUCGAUAUUAUUGUAUUUGUGCAGC